AUGCCACACGAUGCUGAUCUAUGGACGGCAUGGGUGUCACAGAACAUCCCACCCGAUGUGGUCAAAGCCGGGGUGACCGCUGAGGUGGUGGCCAGGGGAUCAUGUAUGCUUGUCCUCAAUGUGCCUGUUGAAGUCUGGACGAUGCUGCCUCGCGAUGACCGAACCUACACUUUCAUCGCACAUGUGAGCUCUGGGCUCACGCCAAUCUCUCACCAAUCUUUCUCGCUACCGAUCCUACUCGCACUGGGGGAGCAGUGGUAUAUUCUCUACUGCGGAACAGAUGGGUGGUGUCAUCUUGCUGAACCGUGA